UUUUUCUGCUGCGCAUUUCGCCUUUGUCCGAAUUUUUAGAAGAAAACAAUACCAUUUAUUGCUGCGCCAAAAGGCACGACAAGUAGUUGAACACCCAAAAAUUAAACAUAAUCACGGACAUUGCGUAAUUGCAUAAAAAUAAACAAAGGUGUAAGAAUAUUAAACCCAAGAACUCGAGAGCAAACAAUUGAAAAACAGAAAGUGCUGAAAUAAUAGCACCAAAUACACUUGGCCACCAAUUGCGUAUAUAUUUGUUUAAAUAUAUUCGCGAACCGCAGCUGAUUUCACAUAUCAAGGCAAAAUGCUCGACCUGGAGAUCCUGCCGGAGAACUCCUUGGGCUGCGAUGCCUGGGAGUUCGUGCUAGGCAUGCACUUCUCGCAGGCCAUCGCUAUCAUCCAGUCGCAGGUGGGCAUCAUCAAGGGAGUCCAGGUCCUGUACUCCGACACCAAUCCCCUGGGCGUGGACAUCAUCAUCAACCUGCCGCAGGAUGGCGUUCGCCUGAUCUUCGAUCCCGUCAUCCAGCGCCUGAAGACCAUUGAGGUUUUUAACAUGAAACUGGUGAAGCUGCGCUACGGCGGCGUCUACUUCAACUCCCCGGAGGUGCUGCCCAGCAUCGAGCAGAUAGAGCACUCCUUCGGAGCCACCCAUCCCGGGGUCUACGAUGCAGCCAAGCAGCUCUUUGCUCUGCACUUCCGAGGGCUGAGCUUCUACUUCCCCGUGGACAGCAAGCUGCACUCGGGCUAUGCCCACGGACUGGGCUCCCUGGUCUUUCUGAAUGGCGCCUCGCCCGUUGUGUCCAAGAUGUCCCUCUAUGCGGGAAGCAAUGUGUCGGAGAACAAGGCACCGUCUCUGCCCUUGGCCUGCUAUCACCGCCAGAUGUACUUGGAAUCGGCCACCGUUCUGCGCACCUCGUUUGGUCACACAAAGGGCCUGAAACUGAAGCUCUUUACGGAGGGUUCAGGCAGAGCUUUGGAGCCUCGCCGCCAGUGCUUUACGCGGGAACUGCUCUUUGGCGAUAGCUGCGAGGAUGUGGCCACCAGUCUGGGAGCACCAAAUCGUAUAUUCUUCAAGAGCGAGGACAAGAUGAAGAUACACAGCUCGAGUGUCAAUCGACAGGCGCAGAGCAAGCGAAGCGACAUCUUUUUCAACUACUUCACGCUGGGCAUCGAUGUGCUGUUCGAUGCCAGGACGCAGACCUGCAAAAAGUUCAUACUACACACCAACUAUCCGGGGCACUUCAACUUCAACAUGUACCAUCGCUGCGAGUUCCAGUUCCUGCUGCAGGCCGAUCACCCCUCGAUGAGCGAUAGCGGUCACGAUCUGGUGACGCCCACGAAGCAAGAACAUGUUAACAUUAGCGCCUACACGAAGUGGGAUGAGAUCAGUAGCGCGCUGGCCACCUCAGAGCGGCCAGUGGUGCUGCAUCGCGCCAGCUCGACGAACACGGCGAAUCCGUUCGGCUCCACCUUCUGCUAUGGCUACCAGGACCUAAUCUUCGAGGUGAUGCCAAACAGCCACAUCGCCUCGGUGACGCUCUACAAUACGGCGCCGCCCAGGCAGCCAGCUCACUCCUGGCAACAGCACAAGAUGCAGGACAUCCGCCUCACAGUGGCCUAGAUAUCUGCGGAAUACUGGGUACCCUUCGCUGCUCCAUGAUGCUGAACCAGGGAACGCCCACGCGUCGUGUUCUAAUCUUUAAGCUACAACAAUGAUCUAACCUAGCCGUAAAGUAGACACAUAUAUUAUAUAGUAAUAUAUAUACUUGAUAAAAGUAGAUUUCCAUCGUAAGCUAAGCAAAUCAUCGGACGAACUCUCUGACCAGGUUCAUUCUGCGGUAUUCCAUUGUGUUAGCUCGAUUCGAUUUGUUUCGACCCAUAACUGACAAUUAAUUAGCCUCGUACUUUUAACAAUUGCAUGUCGUUAAUAUAUUUCAGUACUUUAAGCCUCAAUCGUGUAUCUCUCUUUGAAAAA